AGUCGGCCUUGCCCCGCUCAUCCCCCCAGGACGUCUGACGGUGCCCGCUGCCAUGGCGACACUGCUGCGCUGGGUUGUGCGCCCACUCUGCGCCUUCCGCGGCAGCCCAGUCCCUCCUGCAGGUGUUCCCCUCAGAGCCGUGAGCCAUGGCGCCGGCCUGCUCUACCCCGAACACAUCCCCACCUCCCUGCUGCAGAAGGUGCUGCUGGCCGCCGGCUCUGCCGGGAUGGCGCUCUAUGAUCCCUAUCGCCACGACAUGGUUGCAGUUCUGGGAGAGACCACAGGACACCGUGCCCUGAAGGUCCUCAGGGACCAGAUGAAGAGGGAUCCAGAGGGCGCCCAGAUCCUGCAGGAGCGUCCCCGGAUCUCGCUGUCCACCCUCGACAUGGGCAAGCUCCGCAGUCUGCCCGAGGGCUCCUUUGGCUGCGCGUAUCUCCAUUUUCUGGACGUGAAUAAGGUCUCCCCAGACACCCGCGCACCCACCCGCUUCGUGGACGACGAGGAGCUGGCAUACGUGAUCCAGCGGUAUCGGGAGAUCCAUGACAUGCUCCACACCCUGCUGGGCAUGCCCACCAACAUCCUGGGGGAGAUCGUGGUGAAAUGGUUUGAGGCUGUCCAGACCAGCCUGCCCAUGUGCGUCCUGAGUGCACUCUUCGGACCGAUCCAACUCAGCGCCCAGAGCCUGCAAUUGCUGAUCUCGGAGCUGAUCCCAUGGGCAGUUGAGAAUGGCCGCAGAGCCCCGUGUGUUCUCAACGUGUACUACGAGCGGCGCUGGGAACAGCCCCUGCAGGCUCUGCGGCAGGAGCUGGGCAUCACGGAGCCGCCCCUGCGUGUGGAGAGCCUGGUGUAGACCCGGAGCGCCUGAGGCCCCACCCCACCCCACCCCCCACUUCCCCCAGGGGUGGAGCACGUCUGUGCCAGCACCCAGGUUCCUCCUCUGUGAACUCUGACCCUUGGACGUCGCUCAUCAUGAUUUAUCAGAGGGAGCAGCCAGUGGAGCUCCUGGGGGAGCCAGAAGUGAACCCCGAGUGCUCAGGGAUUGCUCAGGUCCACAACCCAUGUGCCCGACCCCUCCCUGCCUGCCAGCGUUCUCUGGGUGCCAGCCUGAGGGAGUCUUCACAGGGGGAAUGGCUGCCCUUGAUUCCCAAGGCCUGAGGAAGAGGGAGGCGGGUCUCUGCUGUCUGAAUAAAGGCUCCCAUCAG